UUACUUUUUUAAGAUUCUUGCCAUUAAUUUUUCUAAUUUUUAUUUCAACAAUGACUGCUCCAGGAAAUACGUUGGUCGUUCAUGUUGUCUCGGCUCGCGGCCUUUACGUCAAGGGCGGCAAAGCAGUUGAUGUUUACUGUUCUCUGUCAACUAUGGGCAAAGGCGCAUGGAAAAGCAAAGUGAGCACAAAUCAACUUAGGCUAGAUCCAUCAAUUCCUGAAACCGAACUUAAAUGGGAUGAACAUUGCGAAUUUCAACUUAACGAAAUGGAUACAAAAUUAGUCAUCCAUAUUAACCAUAAAACUUCAUUUGGCACAACAGAAACAUUGGGGGAAUAUAUUUUUCAAUUAGAAAGGAUGCCUAGAGUUCAACCUUUAGCUUGGUUUAAAUUAUCAAAAGCAGGAAGUGCUCUUAAUCCACAUACCACAACUUCUAAUAAAAAUAGAGGGCAAAUUCAAUUGGGCUUUCAAUUUUCUAAUUCACUCGGCAAUCGCGGGGCUACAUCUGUCUCUAAUAUGUCUUUAAAUAAAAUUGAUAAAGGUUUUUUUUUUAAUAUUUUUUUUCAAAAUUGUUGA